AAGCCCAUGAGGAAGCUGAGCUGGUUUGUGAUGAUAGGGCAGCAGCCGCUGCCGCAGCCACAGGGACAGGACGGGGAGGUGGGAACCGAGCGCACCAAGCACACACAGGUGUUUCUGAGGAGUAAUUAGAGAGCUGUGGAGGCUAAAAUACACCUUUGAGUUUUUACCUGUGAACACAGUAGCGCUGAGAGAGACACUCUGAAAGCAAAGAGGAAGAGAGAACGAUCAGUCACACUAAAGAGACACUCAAGUUGAAAGUUUUGCUUUUUUUCUUUCUUCCUGUUUUAUUUUCCCCCCCGUGUGUCAGAACCAUGGUCAGAAAACCUGUCGUGGCCACCAUCUCCAAAGGAGGUUACCUGCAGGGAAAUGCCCACGGGAGGCUGCCCCCCAGGGGUGGCAAGGAGCCACCGGCGGGGCAGGAGAGAGUGGUGCUGAAGAAGAAAAUCACUCUGCUGAGGGGAAUCUCCAUCAUCAUUGGCACCAUCAUUGGAGCGGGGAUCUUCAUCUCUCCCAAGGGCGUGCUCCAGAACACCGGCAGCGUGGGCAUGUCUCUGACCGUCUGGACCGUCUGUGGGAUCCUGUCGCUGUUUGGAGCCUUGUCUUAUGCUGAAUUGGGAACAAGCAUAAAGAAAUCCGGUGGUCACUACACAUAUAUCCUAGAAGUCUUUGGCCCAUUGUUAGCCUUUGUACGAGUCUGGGUGGAACUGCUUAUAAUACGCCCUGCAGCUACUGCUGUGAUAUCCCUGGCAUUUGGACGUUAUGUACUGGAGCCAUUUUUCAUGCCAUGUGAAAUUCCUGAACUUGCAAUCAAGCUCAUUACAGCUGUAGGCAUAACUUUAGUGAUGGUCCUAAAUAGCAUGAGUGUCAGCUGGAGCGCCCGGAUUCAGAUUUUCUUAACCUUUUGCAAGCUCACAGCAAUUCUGAUAAUUAUAGUCCCUGGAGUUAUACAACUAAUUAAAGGGCAAACACAGCAUUUUAAAGACCCCUUUUCUGGAAGAGACGCGAAUAUUAUAGGGUUGCCGUUGGCUUUUUAUUAUGGAAUGUAUGCGUAUGCUGGCUGGUUUUACCUUAAUUUUGUUACUGAAGAAGUAGAAAACCCUGAAAGAACCGUCCCUCUUGCAAUAUGUAUAUCCAUGGUCAUUGUCACCCUUGGCUACGUGCUAACAAAUGUGGCCUACUUUACAGCCAUUACUGCUGAGGAGCUGUUGCUUUCAAAUGCAGUGGCAGUGACGUUUUCUGAGCGGCUACUGGGAAAUUUCUCAUUAGCAGUUCCGAUCUUUGUUGCCCUCUCCUGCUUUGGCUCCAUGAACGGUGGUGUGUUUGCUGUCUCCAGGUUAUUCUAUGUUGCGUCUCGAGAGGGUCACCUUCCAGAAAUCCUCUCCAUGAUUCAUGUCCGAAAGCACACUCCUCUACCAGCUGUUAUUGUUUUGCAUCCUUUGACAAUGAUAAUGCUCUUCUCUGGAGACCUGUACAGUCUUCUGAAUUUCCUCAGUUUUGCCAGGUGGUUUUUUAUUGGGUUGGCAGUUGCUGGGCUGAUUUAUCUUCGAUACAAACGCCCAGAUAUGCAUCGUCCUUUCAAGGUGCCGCUUUUCAUCCCAGCGUUGUUUUCCUUCACCUGUUUCUUCAUGGUGGCCCUUUCCCUUUAUUCUGACCCAUUCAGCACUGGUAUUGGAUUUGUCAUCACUCUGACUGGAGUCCCUGCAUACUAUCUCUUUGUUAUAUGGGACAAGAAACCCAACUGGUUUAGAAGAAUGUCAGACAAGAUAACCAGAACACUACAGAUAAUACUGGAAGUUGUACCGGAAGAAGAUUGUGAUAAAUUAUAAACUAAUGCAUUGAGUUUUGACAAUCUGCUCAAGCACAGAAAUAUAGCAUGAAUCUUCACUUCAUUUUCUUGAAAUCCAGAGAAUUGCAGCUUUGGUGAUGGACUAAAGGAAUCAUUUAUUUCUGUUCACAUCUUCUAGUAUAGUCACAGUAAUGUCUGAGAAAUUUAGUAGCAAUGCUAUGUCUUUGUAGAAAGCCGACAUGUAAAUUUUAGCAUAAAUUUACAUAGUUCUUGAGUUUCUAAAUACCUGCCUGUUGAGGUUAGGGAAAAAAACUGAGGAGAUAGACUAUUAAUUGGGUAGUCAUUCUCUACAUUAUAUCUUAUGACAGAGAAGCUUCAAAUCAAAGACUAAGAUAUUUUCUGUAUAUAUGGGUUUUACAAACAUGUUUUGGAUACUGUAGAUGACUAAACUGUGAAAAGUAGUUUCUAUUCUUUUUUUUUUUUUUUGGUUUUUCUCCGGUACCGGGAACCGGA